CGUCUCGGCGGGCGGUGCCCGGACGCAGGUGCCAGCCCGAGCGAAGCGAGCAGCGCUGACGGGCCGGGCCGGGCCGGGACCCGGGCCAGGGCGAACGGUGGGGCCUGCGCGGCCGCCCGGCCCGGCCGCGGAUCAGAUUUUGACUGGCAGGGUUUGGUUAAAAACUGACUUGGAGAGCUGGGUGUGGUGUCAUAUGCUGGCACAUGCUCCACAGGCUGAGGCAGGAGGAUUGCCACCAGUUCAAGGGCAGCCCAGGCUACCUAGGGAGUUCAAGGGCAGCCUGACCUACACAACAAGACCCUGUCUCAAAAAAAAAAAAACAAGCCAAAACAAAAGCUGACUUGGAAAAGGACACUUCAGGCUCCUGGGACCAUGGGCCUUAGGCCCUGAGGACACAGGGCUCCCUGUGGCCAUGACGACAGGCGACUGCUGCCACCUCCCCGGCUCCCUGUGUGACUGCUCAGGCAGCCCUGCCUUCUCCAAGAUCGCAGAGGCCACAGGCCUCGGGCCCCCACAGUAUGUGGCACAGGUGACUUCCAGGGAUGGCCGACUGCUCUCCACCGUCAUCCGGGCCUUGGACACACCAGGCGACUGUCCUUUCUGCCGGAUCUGCCACGAGGGUGCCAAUGGGGAGAGUCUGCUGUCUCCGUGUGGCUGUACCGGCACGCUGGGUGCUGUGCACAAGAGCUGCCUGGAGAAGUGGCUGUCCUCAUCCAACACCAGCUACUGCGAGCUGUGCCACACGGAGUUCGCGGUGGAAAAGCGGCCCCGGCCUCUCACAGAGUGGCUGAGGGACCCAGGGCCUCGCACGGAGAAGCGGACGCUGUGCUGCGACAUGGUGUGCUUCCUGUUCAUCACGCCGCUGGCCGCUGUCUCGGGCUGGCUCUGCCUGCGGGGGGCCCAGGACCACCUCCGGCUGCACAGCAGACUGGAGGCCGUGGGGCUCAUCGCGCUCACCAUCGCUCUCUUCACCAUCUACGUCCUCUGGACGCUGGUCUCCUUCCGCUACCAUUGCCAGCUGUACUCGGAAUGGAGGAGGACGAACCAGAAAGUCCACCUGAAGAUCCGGGAUGCAGAUAGCCCCGAGGACGCCCACCACUCCCCACUGGCAGCUGGACUCCUGAAGAAAGUGGCCGAGGAAACGCCUGUGUGAAGGCAUCUCGGUUGUCGGACAGGCCAGAGGCGGUUGGAACCUCCGGGCCUUCCCACUUGGCCAGAGUGCUUCUUGGGCCAAGAGCCCCUUUCCUGUGGAGCCCGUCCCAUGAUCCCACAUGAACACAUUUUCAGGUUUUUUGCACACUGUUGGACAUGACAAGGACAGACAGACAAGGUCCUGAGCUUCAGAUGGAGCAUGCACCCUGAUCUCAUCCUGAAGCCUGUUCGGCACCUCCCGGGCCAGCAGCCAUGGUGGGUGGUAUCAUCAGGGCUGCCCUCUGGGCUGGAAGGUCCCAGCGAGCUUCUUGUGCUUCUCUGCAUCCGGCAGGCUUGCUUUCCCAGCCGGCACCCUUGACUUUCUAAAGUUGCACUGUGUUUCAAAACACACCACCCCUGAACGAAUAAAAGGAGCCCUUGCUGGAUGAAA